AUGCUAAAGAAAUCAAAAAUCAACAAUCUCUAAUCUAUUACACUAUGUUUAUUACUAAAAAUUGAAUCAUUUCUUAGAUGUUCGCUUUUUUUUAGAAGCACUUUUCUUGAUUUUACUUAAGAAUAUUACAAAAUUUGCUUACAUCAUUUAGUUAUAUGA